AUGUCCUCAGGCGCUCCUUCGCAUGAUCUGGAGCCGCGUCCCGUUUCUGCUCGUACAAAUUAUAUCUCUAAUCUUCAAUAUGUAACUACCGGUGGCGCUGUGCUCCUUUUCCUGCGUGCAUUCAACCGAUUCAUAAGCCAUCGACAGCGCGGCCAAGCCCUAGUGGGAUCAGCCACCUGCCUCUACCUCACCGUCGCCAAUGAAUUCGGCUUGUUCCCCUUCAACUUUUUCGUCGCUGGCAAAGUGAGCACCAGCGAGCCCGCCGCUGAUCAA